AUGGCUCAAUUGUGCAGUGGUUAUACAGUACCAGGGUCAAUAGCCCAACAACUCAUUGUCCAAUGUCCAAACUGUACUUUACGUUUCUCUUUGUCUCCAACUUUUAUUUACCCUCAAUGGUGGUUAGGAAAUGUCACAUACUCACAGACGUCGAACGUCCAGUACAUCCAACCAUUCAUUCAAUAUCCCAAUCCGCAAAGUGAUUUACGGUCAGCUUUUUAUACACCGACACCUUCCAGUUCUCAUAUAUUUGAUAUAAACCAACAACAUCAGGAAAUGACAGAUAGCAGUAACAGUAGGCAGCAUGUUUCACAGGAUGCUGCAGAUAUGAAUGAUACGAUCUUUCGUCAUAUACGCGAUAUCCUUAUAGAUAUUUUAAGUUCAGCCACGCGCAAGUAUGGUAUUACCAUUUAUCAGCUAAUGGUUUUAUUGAAACAGUCAUGUGCCAAUUACAAUGUAAUAUUGCCACCAUCAAUAACGGAUGAUUUCAAAGAAUUCUUGCGCAACAAAAUGAGCGAUUAUGUUGAGGUUGAGGAUGAUCUGUGUCGUUAUCGCCGUCCAACGCUUUCUAUUCAAGAAGAGAGCAUUUCAAAUUCAUCAGUUUGUGAAAGGAGAUCAAAUUUUUCUGAAACAUCUGCUGCUUUAGUCCCAUUGCAAGAAUAUUAUAUUGCAUCAGCUAUCGAUACAAAUGCAAGUUAUUCAGCUGAUCAAGUGAAAAAAGUCAUAUCGAAAAAGAAAGAAAUAAAGGAAAGCAUUACAUACAAGAGUAGUGAACAGUUUUUUGAUGGAAUAGAAGAGCGUCAUAGGAAUGAUGACGCUGAUAAAACAGCUGUGACUGAUCCAGUAGUUCCUGAUAGAGACAAAAAAUGUAAUAUACUACAUAAGCAUGUCGAAAAUGAUACAAUAUCAACGCAUUCGUAUACGAAAAACGAUCUAGCUAAAAUUAUGGGAAAAUGGAAAGAAAUUUUUAUCGGCGACUUGAAAGAACUGAUAAGAUAUUUACGAAUGGUGGAUGAUUACUUUCAUGAAAGCGAUGGCAGAUUCACUUUAGCAAAAUUCAAGGAAGUGUUUGGAGAACUGAGUAAGCGAUGGGAAUUUUGCGACAUUGAUUUGGUAGAGAUGGAUAUAAUAAGUAUUGUUCACGAUAUUGAUUUGAAUAAAGAACUCGUGCUUAGAGUUAAUCCAAUCAUCAGGGAAAUGGAAUUUCCAGAAGUGGCUGAACUUGCUAAGGAAAUAUAUAAUUUGCUGUCAAAACUUUUACAAUCUAUGAAUUCUGUGAAAGUUGAAAUUAUCGUUCGCACAGUGAAUUUUGGAAUUAAUGACAGCAAAACGAUAAGCGAGAAGUAUACUCUGCUGUGGGAAGUACUCAGUGAUUCUCAUUUUCAAGAUGUGUUUAUCGUUGACAUUUUGCAAAAGCAAAAUAAAGAACGUGGCUUUGAUGUAAUGGUACGACUCAAUGCCUAA